AUGGGGCCAGCAAAAAGUAAAUCGACAGUCAAGUUUACAAGAGGACUAUUCACAUUACGAAAAUGGGGACAGAUACAGGAUACUGACAGCAAGAAUAAAAACCCUCCUCCCCCUCCUCAGAGGUCUAGCAGUCAUAUAAGAUCCAGGCAAAUCUAUGGCCAAUCUCUGUCCCCUCCACCUCAACAGAAGGCCCCCAUUUCACAAAGUUUAAGCCAGCCUGCUGUGUCACCUACAACACAGUCACCUGCACAUUAUGGUUACCAUUGGCAACAGUAUCCACAGCAACAGCUUGUAUCUUUGCCUCAGCAUCAAUCACAUCCAAACUAUUAUCAGCAGUCUUCUCCUUAUCAACAAAAACAUCCAGGAAUACCACAACAGAAUGCAAGUCCACAAAAAACAGGGUAUCAUGGUACCAAACAACAGAGUCUACCUCGUGAUCACCGAGACACUCAGAAAGUGGAAAAACAUUAUCCAAGUUAUGCCACACCUCCAAGACCGGAAUAUGCAGCACACCAUCAAGGAACUUCACAAAAUAUGCCUUAUAGACAAUGGGAUGUUCAUCCAAGCCAAAGAAAUCCAGUUGACACUGCCCAUAGUAAUACCUCAUCACCAAAAUAUGACAGUGAAUCUGCUCCUGGUUCACCACUUUUCACUGCCAAUUCUGGAAGAAGUCCAUUAUUAUCACCAAACAUUAGUGAUUCAACCAAUACUACAACAACAACACCAAUUACAACAAGCUCAUCCCCUGCCAAUGAAACAAUGUUUUGUCUAGUUAAGAAAUCGGGACAAGAGGAUCAACAACGUCCUUCAUUUCGCAGUUCAAGAGAUCCCAAGAAACAGUCUCGUUCUAUCAUAGAAGUUCAGCCUGGAGACAGUGCGACUAGUAAAGAGACUGUUUAUGACAAUUUACAACCAGGUUUUCAACCAACUGAACGGGAUGACCCAUUCUAUUACAUGAACACAGAGGCUUUACACAAGCGAGAAAGAGGAUUGAAAGGUCUGGGUUUAUCAGAGAGUGACCCAGCUUGGGACGUUCAUAUCAGAAAAAGAGAACGUAGACGAGAAGAAUUAAGGAGAUCUUCAUCACAGGAGCGCAAGCCAGAUCGGUUAUCUCUUGUAGAGAGGGUAACUCAUUCAGAACCGGAAUAUGCAAAUGUUCCAAUAACACCGGACAGAAAAACUAAACGUUCUAGUGGAAGGCGUAGUCGUAGCCCUAGAAGAUCAAAAAUUGAGGAGUUCUGGCCCAAAGAAAAGGGUUGGUGA